UUUUUGAAAUGGCGUUCUUUUCUUUGCAGGUGUGAUGAGGUUGAGGAGCAGGCGCGGGCGGGGAGCAGCGCGGGGGCCGUGUAGGUGCUGAGGCUCGCACCGUCAGGAUGGACCACAGCGUGAAGGCCAUGACGCCACACCGGAAGGUGGCCUUCUCCCGGCUCUGCCACCGCCACCGCUUCGAGAAUGACGAGCUCGAGAACCUUUACCGCCGCUACACUCUCAAGCUGCAGCAGGCGAGCGUGGCCGCGGCUGCCGCCCUCCUGCUUACCCUGUCGCUCCUGCUGGCGGCUCUGCACGUGACCUACGCCCAGGUCGCGGCGCCCGCGCCCAUCACCCUGCUGGCCCUGGCGGUGGUGCUGGCCGCUCUGCUGGUCGUGCUACACUCCCGCGUCAUGAGACACUCUUACCUGCUGCCCACCUGCUACCUUCUGUUGGCCCUGGGCGCCAUCCUGGUUGCCCUGGCCCUCCCUCUGCCCUCGGGCUGGGGCUGGGUGGGCUGGCAGUCCAUCCCGACGGCCGGCCAGGGGGUCUGGCAUGCGACCUUUGUGGCGUUCCUCGUCUACGCCCUCACGCCCGUCUCCACGCCGCUGGCCCUCACCUACGGUGUCGUGCUGCCGGCCGGCCAGACCGCCCUGGCGGCCACGCUCGCCACCACCUUCACGCACUUCCACUGGCAACAGCUGGUGGCCAACAGCGUGGUGGCGGCGGCCGUGAACGUGGCGGGCGUGUGGCUGCACCAGAUGAUGGAGGCGGCGCAGCGUAAGGCCUUCCUGGACACGCGCAACUGCAUCGCCGCCAGACUGCACAUGGAGGAUGAGAACGACAAGCUGCGCCAUCUUGAACUUCUAGUAUUUCCUUCCUCUUCAGCAUUUCUUUCUGCCGAGUAUGAGGUAUCAGUCAGCAUUGCUUUCCUCGCGUCUUUCGCUACAGGGACAAAGUCUGGUCUCCUCUGUGUUAUUUUCUUGUCGGCAAUGAUCUUAAAAUAA